AUGCAGGAAGCAGCAUCAGCGUUUCUGGAGAAACAUCGGGAAGAAGUUGCUGCACUUGCUGCUGCAGCUGAGCUGCGGAGGCUGCCGCCGCAGCUGCUGCUGCCGUAUGGAGACAAGGAGGCUGAAGGCGCUGCUGCACAAGGAGCAGCAGCACCAGCAGCAGACUGGUGCAGCAGCGACGCGCAGGCAAACGCAGAGGUUAGUGUCUCAAGUAAACACAUGCUACUUUCUGCUCCUGGUGCUGCAGCAGCAGCAGCAGCACGAGCUGCAGCAGAUCCCCUGCUGCCGCGGCUACUAGACUGGCCGCUGCACCCCACAUCAGCAGGAGCAGCCAGCCGUGCCAGCAGCACGGAUUGCUGCAGCAGGUGCUGGAGCUGCAACAGCAGCUACCGCGGAGACGGCUGCAGCAGCGGCAGCAGCACGAUAAACUCGAGGCUUUCUCCUUCUGUGCUUCUUGCAACUGACAGUGGGCUGCUGCAGUGUACGCACAGAUCAAGCCCCUGCGGCCCAGCAGCAGCAGCAGCAGCAGCACAUGGUGCUGCUGCAUGCAGACUUCGCAAAGCGCCCCUCUCGCCGUCACCCAAGCGCGAGACCCCAGGAACAGCAGCAGCAGCUGCUGCUGCAGAGUCCCCAGUGUGGCCGUGGCUUGGUGAUGCGGCAAUUCCUGAAGUCUUUGCCUCCCCUCCAAUGUCUUCGGCAGCAGAAACAGCAGCAGAUGCAGCAGCAGCAGCAGCAGCAACCGAAGCAUGGCACCCGGCAUCUCCUGUUACAGCAGCUAUGACGGCCUGCAGGACUCCUGCUGCUUUUGCUGCUCUUUACAGCAAUGUUGCUGCCUUCUAUUAUUCUGGCUCUCCUCUGUCUUCACCAGGCCCCUUAUUCCUUCCUCCCUCUGAGGAUCUGCAGCAGCAGCAGCAGCAGAAGCAGCAACAGCAGCAGCAACAGGCUGCGGCCACCUCAACUGGAGAUGCAGGGAAGGCAGCUUCUUGCUCCGGCGGAGGACAGCAGCAGCAGCAACUCCCGCAAAUUCCAGGGCCUGCGCUUCAGCCAACUAAUGCACCGCAGCAGCAACUGCUGAAGCAGCUGCAGCAUUUGGGCCUGCAGCAGCCAGAACACAACAGGCUGGCCCAGCAGCAACCGCUGCCAAAGCAGCAACUGCAGCAACAGCACGCUGCUCAGGCGGAACUCGACAUUGAAGAACAACAGGGGAUGAAUCUGCUGAGAGGCCUGCAGGAUGAGCCGCUAAAAGACCAGCUGCAGCAGCAACUGCUGCUGCAGCAGCAGCCCGAAGAGCAGCUCCCGCUGCAGCAGCAGGCUGAGGCUCUUGCGCAGGGCCAAAUACGCAGCCAACAAGAGCCUCUGGCCUUAACUAUGAAUUCAAUCUCCCGCAGCAGCGAAAGACAAGCAGCAUAUGACACAACAGCAGCUGCUGCAGCUGCGCAGCCGCUGAUAUUCAAUGCAGCAGGGCUCCACCACCAACCCCCGUCCUGCAGCAGCAGCAGCAGUAGCAGCUGCUGCUGCAGCCCUCAGUCCAGCCUACCAAGCCCCGCAAACAACAGCAGGUGUAGCAGAAGCCGCAGCAACAGCAGCAGAAGCAGCAGCAGCCCGAAACGCACCAGCGCUUUGUGCCCCGUAGGGGCAGCUGUUUUGUCUCCUGAGCUCUCCCCAACUCCAGCUGCUUCUCUGUCUCCCUCAUCUGCAGCAGGAGAAGCAGAAGCAGCUGCAGCAGAAGCAGAAGCCGUUGCGUCAGCAGCCUCCGUUGCCGCUGGCCAAGAAGGAGGGGCCCCCUUGGGCACUGCAGCAGCAGCAGCAACAGCAGCAGCAGCAGCAGCAGCCUCGUGCCCACAGCAGCAGCUGCAGCAGCAGAGCGAAAUCGGAGGCAGCGCCCCCAUGUCUUCCUCAACAGUUAGCGGCUGCACAGCUUCAACAGCAGCAUCAACUUUCGCGGGAGCCUCUGAAGCAGCAGCAGCAGAAGAAGAGGCAGCAGCAGACGCAGCGGCAGCAGGAGCUGCUCCGCUGCUGCUCUCUCUGAAGCAGCUGGUCGGGAGGCACAUUGCGGAAGCAGGCAAAGGCCUUUCUUUCAUGCGCUGCUUCUCUUUACAUAAUCUCAGAUUUGCUUUGGAGUGUGGGGCCCUUUCUGCUGCUUGUCCGGUGCCUCUUGCUUCGCUGCGGCUUGCAGAAGUUGCUGCUGCUCUCUGCAGAGAGGCUGCGGCGACUGCUGCUGCUGCAGCUGCAGCAGCAGCAGCAGGGAGUGCUUGGGGGCGUGGGGGCACCUGCGGCGCAGCAGGACCCACCUUGUCGGCAGUCACGGCGGCCACAGCAGCAGCAGCAGCAGCAGCAAAAAGGACGGUGCGGCUGUCGGCCUUCCUGCCCGGCCUUGAGGCGCUGCAGCAAGACUGGCUUUCAUUUGCUGCUGCUCGUGGCUUCAUUUUCUCCCUUUGUGAUUUGCUGCAAAUCCACUCGGAAGUUGCUUUCCUAGCUGUUAGGUACAUGGGUUGGUUGCUGCUGGAGUGGCUGCAGUGGCAGCCGCCACCGGACGUGCUGUUCCCUGCUGCUGCUGCAGCUGCAGCAGGUGCUGCUGCUGGCUCCGCAGCAGCAGACAGCCACAAAACGCAACCAGCAGCGCAGCAGCAGCGAGACGAAAGAAAAAUGGCAGCUGACAGAGCUCGGGUGGCCCGUGUGUUGUGGGGAGUUUCUCCGCUUCCGCUAGGCGCCGCUGCUGCUGCUGCUGCUGCAGGAAGUGCGGGAAGCAGCAGCAGCCGCAGCAAAAUAAGCUUCAGCAUCAAGACCAGCCAGCCAAACCUGCACCCCCUGCCAGUGCUGCAGAGACUUGCAUGCCUCUGCACAUCUUUGGCGCUGCGGCAAGUUGAAAUAACUCCUGGCUUUGACACGCGGCAGCUGGUAGCAAGAGCAACAACGGAGUACAUGCAGCAGCGGAAGGCUAGGAAGCAGGCUGCUGCUGCUGCUGCAGCAGCAGCAGCAGCGGAAACGCUGAUGGCCGCCAACGCAAGGCGACACAAGCACGAAAAACACAAGCCGCACCAGCGCCGGGCGCAGCAGCAGCAGCAGCGACAGCAGCUGCAAAGGCUUAAGCUGCAGCAAGAGCAGCGGCAGCUCUUCGCAACUGCUGCGCAGCUCCCGCUGCUGCAGCAUGUAUGCGACCCACGCCACUGUCCUUCUAUCUGCAGCGAGCUACAGCGGCUCGGGGAGCAACUGCAGCAGACACAGCAGCAGCAGCAGCAACUGCUGCACGACCAGCUGCUGCUGCAGCACGACGACUCCCUGCCUACCGUCUGGCUGCCUUUUCCCCUUACUGGCUGGCUGGAGCUGUACGCUUGGGGCUGCAUCAGCAACUUCAACCCAAGGCCUAAAGCAGCAGCAGCAGCAGCAGCAGCGGCAGCAGCAGCAGCAGCCUGUGGGGAAGCAGUGUCGGAUGCAGCUCUCGACGACGGAGAUAUCGCAUCCCAAGCCAGCAGCAGCAAUUUGCUGCUGUGGCUGCUGGAAGCAUUGAAGCUACGCAGCAGCAAGUAUGGGGCUGGAUGGAUGCAGCUGCAGCCGGGGGCAUGCAGCAGCUGCUGCUGCAGCGGCAGCUGCACGGGACGUAGCGUUCAAAGCAGCAGCAGCAGCAGCCACAGCAGCAGCAGCAGUAGCAGCAGCAGCAACAAGUCCUCAUCACCGGAAGAAAUCACGCCAGAUUGCAACGGGGAGGAGCAACAUGGGGGCAUUUUGGCACAGUCGGAGCAGCAGCAGCAAGCAGUUGCUGCUGCAGCUGGCUUCACCAUCCCGCUGCUGCUUCCGUCGCUGCUGCCGACAGAAGAAAGGACAGACCUUAAGGGAGGCCGCCGUCUGCCGCAGCUGCUGCUGCAGCUGCUGGUGUGUUCGCCCCACCCUGCUUCAGUGUUUUUGCCCCCUUCGGUGCACGCAAUUGGCGUGUUGCAGCUGCUGCUGCACAGCUACCCCAGCUCCAACAGCAGCAAACUGCAGCAGCUGCUGCGUGCUGUCGUUGGACACAUGCUGCUGCAGCAGGCCGCUGCUGCGCUGCAACCCAUCGCUGCUGCUAUCGCCCUUGCUGCUGCUCCUCGAAACAGCAAGUGCAGCAAGUGCGGCUGCUGCUGCCCGCUGCCCUUGCCGGUGCAACAUACUUUGCUGCAGCUGCUGCAACAGGAGGCGCUUAGCACGCUUCCAUCAAGUGUCUCUACGGCGCGGCGUGCUGCAGCAGUAGCGCCGCAAGAGGAGGAGCUUGCAGCAGCAGCUGCAGCAGCUGCUGCUGCUGCGAAGGGAGAUAGCAGCAACAGCACCAAAAGGAAAAGAUGGGCAAUGGACAGCAGCACUUCAGUUACUCCCGGCUGCUCUCCCAGCAAAACGUUGGAGCUAACAUCCACCCGCGCUGCAGUUGCUGCUGCAGGGGAGGAUCAGCAGCAGCAAAAGGGCAGCAGCAGCAAACGGACAUCAGCGCAUAUUUUGAUCACUGCUGAAAACAGCCCCUACCCAAACUACGCUCGUGCGAGGAGCCAGGCGCCUUGCAGCAAUGGAGGCACUCCUGCGCUGGCAGCGGGAGCAGCAGCAGCAGCAGCAGCAGGAACUGCACAGAUCUGGCAGUAUAGAUCCAGCCCCUUCUCUCCUUGCGCCUGCUGGAGUGUCACUGCAGCUCUGCGCAAUGAUGCUGCUGCUGGGCUCUACUCCACACAGUCCCCCUGCUCCUGCUCGCUGCAGGCCGCAACCAACACCAGCAGCAGCAAGGGCAGCUACAGCAGCAGCAACGGCAGCAGCAGCAACAGCAGCAGCAGCAGCAGCAAUGAGAGCCGCAACGGCAUUGGCCUUGGACAACAGGCUGCAGAAGCAGCACAUCGGCCUAGGCGACCCAGGCGUUGGGAUGCGUGGCAGCAACAAGCCUAUCAGCAGCAGCUGCAGCAACAAUACGCAGCCCUAGGCUUCGACUGUUCCCAACUGUAUAAUUGCUACAGUGGAGCUAUGCAGCAGCAGCAGCGGCAGCAGAUGAUGCUGGCAGCAGCAUACGGGCAGCAGCAAAUGGACAGCACCAGCAGCCUUGGAGGCUGGACGGCAAGCAAUGCAGCAGCAGCAGCAUCUACAGCAGCAUCAUCAGCGGCCUCGUGCCCGUCUGGCAGCGCCUUUUGA